CGAACCGAUCGCAGAGGCCGGGCCGGAAGUUCUGGACGCGGUUUUUGUGUGCUUGAUUCUCUCGCGGCUGCACAAUGUGGCGAGAUUCAGGAAGGACGUGAAGAGGCUACUGCGGAAGUGCUGUAGCUCUAGUACGGAGGUGGACAAGAAGGUAGAAGGCACGACAACUGGCGGGUGUAGA